AUGUAUUUCAAAAAAGUGGUCUCAAUCCUAGUGAUCUGCAUAGCGGCGCAGAGCGCCCUGGCCGAAGAAGCUGCCCCGGAGAAUGUUCUGAACGAGCUGAGCUGGUCAUGUGCGAAUAAUGCAUCCUGCGUAAAGCGACUGGCUAGAGACGUGGUGCAAAAGUUGAAAACACGCAAAGCGAUCGACUUCGGAGCGUUCAGUAUCGAACCGGUCGAAAGGAUUCCGCUGACCGUCGAGGGACGGUCAUCCCGUGCACUGGAUUUCCUCAGUGGCCAUGCCAUCAAGUUUCCGAUCGGACCGAUGGUUUUCAACAUCGAACGCUCCGCCGACUAUCCGAAUUUCAUUGAAGUCUCUCUGCUUAGAAAGGCCGAUGGUGCUCGACGCACAACCCGCAAGCAUCUGCGCUUCUUCGUGCCAGCAUUUCUGGUCUUCAGCCAAAUCGGCUGGUAUGCGCUCGCCAUCGCUGGAGUCAAGCUGCUAGCGAUUAAGGCCUUUUUAGUCGCCAAAAUUGCCCUAAUCGUUGUUGCGAUGAUGACCUUCAAGAAACUUUUGGAACCAGUAGCCGUCAUUCCGCCCCCGUACUUCGACCAUCAGGAACCGUUUCUGAUGCCCUACAGCAUGGACUUCCAUCACGGCUUCCCCGGUGCCGGACACGACAUGUAUCCGAUGGGAUUGGGCGGUCCGUCGGGACUGCAUGGUGGCGAGGGGCUUGGCGCCGCAAGUAACGUGAAUGCCGUUGUCGACACCAACCAGGCUGCUGACAAGUCGGUCAACGUGGGCAGUGGAUCCACCUCGUCAGCCGCCAGUUCCAACGACCGUCAUCACUUCCCGAACGGAAAAAUCAAGCGGCAGGACUUCUAUCCCGCGGUGCAAACCGCUAAGUACUACUAA